AUGACUACCCAGAUCAUUGACGUUGACAAGGCGGUCCGCUUAGAUCCGGAGGUGCCUUUCAAUGUCAAAUCGGACAAAUUGGCAGAGUUGGAGGAUCCCGACGAGGGCCUCAGUGAUGAAGAACGGGCCAAGAUUGACCGGAAGCUUCUCUGGAAGCUUGACCUUCGCCUACUUCCAUGGCUGAGUCUGUUGUACCUAGCUUCCUUCCUCGAUCGGUGUGUUCAAGAUCAUCUAGCCACCAGGGUAUUUGAGUUAUUUGCGCUGACAUGGGAAAGUACCAACAUCGGUAAUGCCAAGAUUGACGGCCUAAGCAAGGACCUGGGUAUGACGGCGAAUCAGUACAAUGCCACCCUGACCAUCUUUUUCGUCUCAUACUCCGUCUUUGAGCCCGUCACAAACGUCCUGCUUAAACGAUUACGACCAAGCAUCUUCAUUCCUUCUAUUAUGAUUGGCUGGGGUAUCUGCAUGACCCUGAUGGGCACAGUGCAUAACUAUGCCGGACUCAUGGCAGUGCGAUGGUUCCUCGGCCUUACCGAAGCUGGAUUAUUCCCAGGAAUCGGCUACUUUCUUUCUUGCUGGUAUCGGCGCGAGGAGUUUGGCGUACGAAUGGCCAUCUUCUUCUCAGCUGCCGCCCUCGCUGGUUCCUUCGGUGGGCUCUUAGCAGCCGCCAUUGCCAAAAUGGACAACGUCGGAGGCAAAGCUGGUUGGGCGUGGAUCUUUAUUUUAGAAGGGCUGGCAACCGUCGUGAUCGGCGUGGCCUCUUUCUGGUGUGUUUACGAUUUCCCCGACCAGGCUCGAUUUCUGUCUGAAAAGGACCGUAUCCGUGUGGUUCGUCGACUCGCCCUGGAUGCGCAGUCGAGCGCCGAGCACGAGGAGUUUAAGAUGUCCUACUUCUGGGCCAGCGUUAAGGACUGGAAGACCUGGACUGGAGCAAUAGUGUACAUGGGAGCUGACGGAUCAUUGUAUGCCUUCUCACUGUUUGUGCCUACGAUUAUCAGCGAACUGGGUAAAUUCCGCUACAGCUCAAUCCGUGCUCAGUUAUUGAGUGUUCCUCCAUACGCUGCCGCUGCCAUUUUGACCGUUACGGUCGGUUUCAUUGCUGAUCGGACGCGCCAGCGAGGGUUGUGCAACAUCGCCACCUCGAUCCUCGGUAUCGUGGGAUUUUCCAUGCUCCUAGGAUGUCAGUCUGCGGGUGGACGUUACGCAGGAACAUUCCUCGGAGCAAUGGGUAUCUACCCUGCCAUUGCCAAUACAAUCUCCUGGUCGAGCAACAACAUCGAGGGGGUGUAUAAGCGCGGCGUGUCGCUAGGAUUUAUCAUAGGUUGGGGUAAUCUGAACGGUAUUGUUUCCUCCAAUAUCUAUCGUGAAGCAGAUGCUCCUCGGUUCUAUCCCGGACACGGCACUGUGCUCGCCUACCUCGUGGUGUUUCUCUUUGGGGGCUCCAUCGUCCAAUACAUCCUGCUCCGCCGAGAGAAUGCCAAACGUCGGCGCGGUGAGCGAGAUCACUGGAUCGAAGGCCUUAGUCGGAGUGAGAUCGAAUUGCUGGGUGAUAAGCGGCCCGAUUUCAUGUACACUCUGUGA